AUGGACGAAAUACUGAUAGCAGGUAGAACAAUAGAAGAGCAUGAUGAUAGACUUAGGCAAGUUCUUGACAUAGCAAGAAGGAAAGGAAUCAAACUGAAGCCAUCUAAAUGUAGCCUAAGAGUACGACAAGUCAAGUUUGUAGGACAUAUCAUUACAGAUAGUGGUAUAAAGCCUGAUGACUCAAAGAUUGAAGCAAUACAAUCCAUGCCAUACCCUACAGAUCGCAAGGAACUAGAAAGAUUUUUGGGUAUGAUUAAUUAUCUUGGUAAAUUCUUACAGAACUUGUCAGAAAUAACUGCCCCAUUAAGAGAGUUACUUAAACAAGACAACGAGUGGAUAUGGGUUGAACAACAUCAGAAGGCUGUUGAUUAUUUAAAGAGUUUGAUCACAACCGCCCCAGUUUUAGCCUUUUAUGAUGUUUCACAGCCAGUCAAGUUGUCUGUGGAUGCUUCACGGGAGGGACUUAGAGCAGUAUUAAUGCAGAAUGAAAGGUCAGUGGCUUACGCCUCAAGUUCUCUUACAGACUGUGAAAAACGAGAUGCACAAAUAGAAAAAAAAAUGCUUGCCAUUGUCUUCAGAGUUGAACGUUUCCAUUACUAUGUGUAUGGACGUCCAAUAAAGGUUGAAACAGAUCACAAACCUUUGGAAGCGAUUAUCAAAAAGCCUUUGGCAUCUACACCACCUAGGCUUCAGCGGAUGCUUCUUCGACUAAUGAAAUAUGAAAUACUGCUGGAAUACAAGCCAGGCAAAGAAAUGUCUAUUCCAGACACACUGUCAAGAGCAUCGCUUCCAAUCAAAUAUCCCUCAAGUGAUGACUGGGAUGCACAAGUUCAUCUGAUCGUCAAUAGUUUACCCAUGUCAGAUGAAUAUAUGAACAUUUUUCAGCAGGCCACUGCAGAUGAUGCUGUUUUAAGGCUGUUAAAGAAUAAUAUUAUGAUAGGCUGGCCAAACAAGAGAGCUGAAAUUACACAAGAAAUUCGAGCAUAUUCAGGAUUUAAAGAAGAACUUAGUGAAAGCAAUGGAUUACUUUUUAAAGGAGAAAGAUUAAUAGUACCAAAAGUAUUGCAAAAAGAAAUGCUUCAAAGACUGCACCAAGGUCAUCUUGGGCGAGAUAGAUGUCUUGUUACAGCUAAGGAGGUGUUCUUCUGGCCUGGAAUGUCUAAGCAGAUUAUAGACAUGGUAUCAACAUGUGCAGUGUGUAACGAACACCAGAAGUCCCAGCAAAAGGAGCCAUUGUUACCACAUGAUACUGCUGUACUUCCUUGGGAAAAAAUUGGAGCUGAUAAUUUUGAGUAUCUCGGUAAAAACUAUAUGCUACUUGUAGAUUACUAUAGUAAUUUUUUUGAGAUACAUCUUAUCCCAACACUAAAAGCUUCAGAUGUGAUCAUACAUAUGAAAUCACAAUAUGCUCGACAUGGUAUUCCAAGGGAAUUAAUUAGUGACAAUGGACCCUCAUUUGCUUGUCAAGAAUUUCUGAAAUUUUCUAAAAGCUGGGGAUUUAAGCACAUUACGUCUAGCCCCAGAUUUCCACAAUCUAAUGGUAUGGCAGAACGGGCCAUACAAACAGUGAAACAGCUUCUAAAUAAAGCUAGAACGUCGGGUCAAGACACAUAUAUGGCCAUCUUGCAAUUUCGAAAUGCUCCAUGCCCUGAUGGACCUUCAACUGCACGGCUGCUCAUGGACCGCCGUCUGAGGACAAAUCUUCCGACAACGGAGGCCUAUCUCAGACCUCAAAUCCCAGACAAAAAAGAAAAUGCUUGGAAAACAAGAAAAAGUAGUCAAGCAAAAUAUUACAACAAAACAGCGAGGCGCACCGAGCGACCACACAUUCAGCCUGGGAGCAAAGUGUGGAUGCAAAAGAAGCCUGGUGAUUUAUGGGAACCAGCAGUGGUCAUCUCAGAAGCGGAGACCCCGAGAUCAUACUGGGUAAAAAUACCGAAUGGGAUAACUUACCGAAGAAAUAGAAGGAUGUUAAGAGACACAUGUACAAAAUCAAGGGCCAUGCCUGAUAUUUUUGAAAUGGACACCCCAGAGACAGUCAUUAAUGGUCAAACCACACAGCCAGAGAACGUGAGCGAUACAAGUGUGCAACAGGAACAGACUAACAUGCAUGACGCGUAG